AUGGAAAAAGAAAAGUCGGGGGUUAAUAAAACCACACCUCCACUGGCGGCGCCUCAAACUGCCGCACCCCCGCUUUCCCGAGCAGCGAUUUUCUGGUUCGAUACAAUUCUAAACAUUAGGCUUGUGAUAGACUGGCUAGACUUGGACAGGCCAACCGACAUUGUUCAGUCUAAAAAUAGCACCUCCCUAUUAUCACUGAGAUCAACUUCUACACAGAUGUCCACAAAAACGAAUGUGAAAUCACCAUGGAACAACUAA